AUGGUAGAAUCAAAGCUUCCUUCAUCAUCAUCUAUUCUAAUCGGAUCAUUUAAUACUCAUAAACGUUAUCCUCCUGCUGAUCUCAAUCUUUCUUCAUGGUUAAUUCGUCAUCCUAUUACUCCUCACAUCAUUGCUAUAGGUCUUCAGGAAUUACCCUCGGGUUUUUUCUUUCUUAAAAAAAAAUCUCAAGAUCAAUGGAUAGCAUUAAUCGAAAAAACUUUACCAAAUUAUAAAUUACUUUCUUAUAUUCGAUUAAAUGGAACACUUCUUUUUAUUUAUAUUCAAUCAUCAUAUUUUAAUCAAUGUUCAGCAAUUGGUACUGCUCGAGUUCGAACAGGUUUUAUGAAUUUAUCUGGAAAUAAAGGUGCUGUUGGUAUUCGAUUUGAAUUUAAUCAAACAUCUUUAUGUUUUAUAAACUGUCAUUUAUCAUACGGUGAAGAUUCUAAAGCAUUUCAUUCACGAAAUAAACAAUAUUCAUUAAUUCAUCAAUCAAUGUUAUUUAAAUCUCAAUGUAAUCAAUAUCAAUGGAAUAUAAAUGAUCAUAAUGGUAUAUUUUUCUUUGGUGAUUUAAAUUAUCGACAAACAGUAACAAAUCAAGAUGAAUUAAUAGAAAAAACAAAUAUAUUAAAAACAUAUUCAGAAUCACGUAUUAAAUUUCCACCAACAUAUAAAUUUAAAGCUAAUUCAAAUUCAUAUGAUCUCUCACGACGUCCGUCAUGGACAGAUAGAAUAUUAUAUCGAGCAAAACAGUGUUAUAUAGAAUCAAUUAAUUAUUGGACAACAUCGAUGAUUCAAUUUAGUGAUCAUCGACCUAUUGCUAAUUUAUUCUUAUUACAAUCAAAACUUCCUUCAUCAUCAUCUAUUCUAAUCGGAUCAUUUAAUACUCAUAAACGUUAUCCUCCUGCUGAUCUCAAUCUUUCUUCAUGGUUAAUUCAUCAAUCUAUUACUCCUCACAUCAUUGCUAUAGGUCUUCAAGAAUUACCCUCGAGUUUUUUCUUUCUUAAAAAGAAAUCUCAAGAUCAAUGGAUAGAAUUAAUCGAAAAAACUUUACCAAAUUAUAAAUUACUUUCUUAUAUUCGAUUAAAUGGAAUAAUUCUUUUUAUUUAUAUUCAAUCAUCAUAUUUUAAUCAAUGUUCAGCAAUUGGUACUGCUCGAGUUCGAACAGGUUUUAUGAAUUUAUUUGGAAAUAAAGGUGCUGUUGGUAUUCGAUUUGAAUUUAAUCAAACAUCUUUAUGUUUUAUAAACUGUCAUUUAUCACAGGGUGAAAAUUCUCAUGCAUUUCAUUUACGAAAUAAACAAUAUUCAUUAAUCCAUCAAUCAAUGUUAUUUAAAUCUCAAUGUAAUCAAUAUCAAUGGAAUAUAGAUGAUCAUAAUGGUAUAUUUUUCUUUGGUGAUUUAAAUUAUCGACAAACAGAAACAAAUCAAGAUGAAUUAAAAGAAAAAACAAAUAUAUUAAAAACAUAUUCAGAAUCACGUAUUAAAUUUCCACCAACAUAUAAAUAUAAAGUUAAUUCAAAUUCAUAUGAUCUCUCACGACGUUCAUCAUGGACAGAUAGAAUAUUAUAUCGAACAAAACAAUGUUAUAUACAAUCAAUUAAUCAUUGGACAACAUCGAUGAUUAAAUUUAGUGAUCAUCGACCUAUUGCUAAUUUAUUCUUAUUAUUACGUUUAAUUCGUUGA